AUGGAUUACCAGUUCCACUCCGGGGUGACCGGAUUACCAGAUGUCCAAAACACUCAACAAUUCUGGUAUGACGAGUUGAUGGAGAGUGUCGAUGUUGGCGCUUUUGAUGAUAUGGACAUGCUGAUGCCAAACGAUGUCUCUACACCACCCGCAGCCUUGCCGUCGGCUAUGCUGGGCAUGUCCUGUUUCGAGACCGGAGUGGGUGUCAGUGUGGCGUCCCCGAUUGGUGGCGCAGCAGUCAUGGUGGGGCACGGCCUCGGCUCUGCCCAAGUGCAGCCUCAACCUCCGCUUGGCCUCGCUCCUCCGGACGGCUAUCUCGGUGUCGGUGUCGCGACUCUAUCAGCAUUCCAACCUGCUGCUCCACAUUAUAGUAGUGCCUUGCCUGCUAUGGCCUACAAUGCUCAUCCUCAAUUGCCCACGACCAGCGUGAUCCAUCCAAACACCUUCAAGAACAGCUCUUCUCCAGAACCUGGGGAUCUUCAUGCUGCGCAACCCCGCGAAGGCAAGCCUCACCGACGGGGCUAUCAAGCCUGCCAGCGAUGUCGCGAGCGCAAGGUCAAGUGUGACCUAGGCAGUGUUGAUGCGCCCACGGAUCCCCCUUGCAAGCGAUGCCUCCGCGAGCGUCUGCAGUGUGAAUUUGCGCCCACCAGAAAGAAGCAAAAGAGGUCGGACGGCACAGCGAGAGAGGUUUCCGAAACAUAUGACAAUGGUGAAGCGCCGACUAUAAACGAUGGACUGUCCUCCUAUGGCCUUCCACCGGGCUCCCGACAGUCAGCUCCUGCCGCGCCAACAACCAACGGCUUUGGCCGUCACUCUUGGUCACCUCAAAUGUCUCAGAACGUCGGAGCAUCAGUCACCUCUCAACCUCGCAACGAUCCACGUCGCUCUCAGAUUCCUUCCAUGUAUCCCGCAUCUGCAGGGAACAAGCCUGCAUCUGAUGUCCAGCUGCACAGUCAGGUAGCGGCUGCAACUUUGGGCGCUCCAGUGUCAAGUACUCAAGAUAGUAUCAUGCUCCUGGUUGAUGCUGCAAACGUCUUUGAAGAUGUUGCUCCUGGCGACAAAGACAGCCCAGUCUCCGAUCGCGUUCGGAAGAAGACGAUUUCGAGUCUUGGUCAUGGCGGCCCUGAGGAGCCUCCGGGUGUAGGCCUGUCCCCAACGGAGCAAGCGGAACAGGAAGCGGGUCUGAAGACCUGGUCACAAAUGCGAUUCGUUCGCAACGGUUGGUUCACCGCUUGGGAAGCUAUGCAGUAUGUUGAAUAUUUCUACGACAAGCUGGCUCCCAUGACUCCAGUCGUGUUUCCAGACUUCAGAUCGCCCAUAAAGCAUCACGUCCUGCUCGCUGAUGAGCCCAUUUUAGCGCUGGCCAUCCUCGCCAUUGCUUCGCGCCAUAUGCGUCUCUCUGGUCACGCCGCAAUGUCUCGAUCAUAUCAGAUUCACGACAAGCUCUGGACUCACCUUCGUCGCCAGGUGGAGCGGCUUCUUUGGGGUCAGGAACAGUUUGGGGGAGGGUUCUGUGGAGGUGGGAAUAAUGCGAAAAUCCAUGAGUCUAACACAGGACAAAUCACAUGGCAGGGCAGCCUUCGCACCUUGGGCACCAUCGAAGCUCUCCUGUUGCUCACCGACUGGCAACCACGCGCGUUGCACUUCCCACCUGGAGACGAAGAAAAUGGUCUUCUUGAUCACAGCCUCAUCGUAACAAGCGAAGUGAAUACCCAGGCGGCCGCACAAAACGAUGAGCGGAGAGACACGAGGGACUAUGACAAUCUCCCCUAUGCAAGCUGGCUUGAACCUGCGUGGAGGUCAGACAGGAUGUCGUGGAUGCUUCUUGGACUUGCUCAAAGUCUUGCGUUUGAACUUGGUGUCUUCGACACGAACCACUUCUACUGCCGUCACCAGCAUGGACCUGAGUCCGAUUGUGCGCGGAAGAGACGCAUCCGACGUCUAGUGCUUGUCUAUGUCGCGCAGACCAGCGGCAGAAUGGGCGUUCAGUCUUCUCUCAGUGUCGACGAGUGGGAGACUGACGUGAUCUGGGACAAAAUCAGCCCCAAACAAGACCAUCCGAUUGAUAUUAUGCAAGGGUGUUGGGUGCACGUGGCCAAGAUCAUGAACCAGGCAAACCGGCAAAUCUUCUCGUCGCACCAAUACACGAGAGAGCUUACAACAACUGGAAAGUACAAGGAAGCGAUUGCUAAUAUUGCCCCUCUACUCCAGCACUGGAAAACCGAGUUUGAGAAAGUGAAUUCACACAUCCACCCAGUCAUGCAAUGCAUCUUGCUCAUGGAAUACGAAUAUGCUCGCCUCUAUAUCAAUUCGCUCGGCCUCCAGAAGGUUGUGGAGUCUUGGGUAGAGGGCGGGGCAACCAUGCGCAAGGCUACCCUACUCAGGAUUUCGGAAGAGAACAAGCCCUACAUCGAUGAAGUCACCGAAGCCGCCCUCAAUAUCCUUAGCCUCGUUAUUGACGGCAUCGCGGCCAAAGGCUUCUUGAGAAACGCGCCGGUCCGCACGUACCUUCGAAGCCUAUCGGGCAUGAUGUUUACUCUGAAGCGCUUCAGCUUGGGCACCCACGAAGGGUUGGUGCGAAAAUGCCUCCAACAGCUGGAUCAGAUUACGGAGCUUUUAUCCAAGGAAGUCGUUGACGACGUACACCUAGCCUCGUCAACAUCUCGACUCGUGCAAAAUAUCGUACGCAACGUGAAGCAGACAAUGAUCCGAGUGCAGCACCCUGGUACCGGAUCAGCAGGUCCAAGCCGUGAACAGUCCCGCCCACAGUCUCCUCACCCUCACGGCCAUGAUGGCGCAAAUGAACAGCAGCAACAACAGCCCCACCACCACCACCACCAACACCACCAGCAACAGCAACCUCUACCCCAAGCUAGCAGCUCCAUCCAACCCAAGCUCGAGUUCUACAUGAAUGAUCCUCUCGCCGGCAUUCAAGCAAGACCCAUGGCAGACUUGGACUCCCAGACAUUUGUACCUCCUCCCAAUUUCGGUGGAGAACAUGACAUUGACUUUCCCUUACCCGAUGAUGUUAACAUGGGCUCUGCGAUGUCUGAUAUUACGGGCGAUUGGCUUGCACUGCCCCUUGACAACCUAUGGGGAGGUGACGAAGCGACUGUGGAUCAAGGAUUUGGUGGCAUCGGGCCUACGCUCGGUGGACGAGACUUGCUUGAGGCAAUCACCAACCGAAACUACAGCCAGAUGCAGUGGGGUGGCAAUACGUUUGGCUACGGAAACUUGUGACGUGGAUGCUGAGUGUUGGGUUUCUUCCCCUUUUCACGCAAGAGCCCAUUCAACCAAGCUCUGCGAGACAGUGGUGGAAAAACCGUGUGGACGAUCCCAUGCAACUCAGUUUCCUUUCGCCAUAGCAUCAAUGACUUGGGGAAUCCUGGAGGAACGAACAUUUAUGGACACCGAUAAUGGUAUGGAUGACCUUCUUGAACCAUAAGGUGCCAGCUGAAGCCCUGCGUUGGCGGCACUGGCGUACAUAGUUCUUCCUUCAAUCUACACAACGCAGUGACAGUGAAAAUA